UGUAAUUCAGAUGUGUCAUCUUUAUCCCUCAGAUGUGCCAAGCUUCUAUUUCAGGAUCUCAAGAUUAUCAAGGUUUUCCUCCGCGUUUUCCAUCCUUCCUUUUCAGGCAAGGUGUGCCAUCCAUCCGCUGUGUCCUCCUUCGUUUCAUGAGCGUCCUCCUACCCUCAGGAACUUCAUCCUUCUCCAUGGGUUGUGUGAUCUUCUAUCUCAGGACAUAAGUCAUUUCUUUUUACAAAUAUUUCUAACCAAACCAAAGUAUAAUUUUAGUCUUAAAGGGGAUCGUGACGGACAAAAUGUCAAAUGUAAACUGCAGCACGUCACGCAAGUAUACAGCAGUUUUAACCUCAAGAAAAGGUCACUACACUGAACAUCAAACACACAGCAGCCAAAAGCAGACGAGCGUGAAUAGAUUUGCUUAUCGAUCAGCGUAAAACGGUUCACGUAUCGCCUAAUUGAUAUUCCAGAGGUUUUCAAGAGUUAAUAUUCAUAUAAAUAAUUGCAAGCAAAGAAG